AUGGUUGCUCUUGCACCUUUCUCAAAGAAACCUUUUGUUUUAGUGUUACAGGGUAUUACAACAGAUCACAUUGAUCCUUCAGUGGAUUUGAUUCGUACAGUUAUGUUGCCUCAGUUAAAGAGAUAUGGCGUAGAUCAAAACUUGGAAUUAAAAAUCACAAAAAGAGGUGCUCCUCCACUAGGUGGUGGUGAAGUGACAUUCUCUUGUCAACCUAUUCGACAAUUGAAGCCUAUCCAGUUUAUAGACGAAGGACGUAUUAAGCGUGUUCGUGGCAUUGCUUACUGUACUCGCGUUUCACCCCAGACAGCAAAUCGUCUUGUUGAAUCAGCUCGUUCUUUGCUGAACAGAUACAUUCCCGACAUUUAUAUCUAUACAGAUGUUUAUAAAGGCGCAGAGAGUGGUAAAUCGCCUGGUUUUGCAUUAUCUUUGGUAGCAGAAUCCAAUACAGAUGUGUUGUUGUCUGCAGAAAAAGCAGCAGAGCCAGGACAGACACCUGAAGAUGUAGGUGUCAUUGCUUCCAAGUUGCUGUUAAAUGAAAUUCGUAAAGGUGGAUGUGUGGAUACAACUACACAAUGGUUGAAUUUGCUUUUGAUGAUCUUGUCGCCUGAAGAUGUUGGUAAACUUCGUAUUGGUGAAUUAACUGCAUUUACUAUUCAAUAUCUACGUGAUAUCAAAUCCUUCUUUGGUGUCUCAUUCAAGAUUCAACCUGAUACUUCUAAUGAUACAAUCCUCAUGACCUGUAUGGGCAUUGGUUAUGUCAAUCAAAACAAGAAAACAAGUUAA